AUGCUCCUGAGCGCGCUAAGAUGUAAUCACACUGGGGAGAAACCAUAUAAAUGUUUGGAAUGUGGGAAGAGCUUCCACUGGAAACACUUAGUGACUGCCCACCAAAAUGUUCACACCAGGCAGAAACCAUAUAAGUGCCUAGAAUGUGGAAAGAGCUUCUCUCAGAAUAGCAAUCUGACUUCCCAUCAAAGAAUUCACACUGGAGAGCAACCAUAUGAGUGCUUGGAAUGUGGAAAGAGCUUCAGUUGGAAACAGCAACUCACUGACCAUCAAAGUAUUCACACUGGGGAGAAACCAUAUAAGUGUUUAGAAUGUGGAAAGAGCUUCCGUCGGAAACAGCAACUCACUGCCCAUCAAAGUAUUCACAUUGGGGAGAAACCAUAUAAGUGCUUAGAAUGUGGAAAGAGCUUCCGUCGGAAACAGCAACUCACUGCCCAUCAAAGUAUUCACAUUGGGGAGAAACCAUAUAAGUGCUUAGAAUGUGGAAAGAGCUUCAGUAGGAAACAGCAACUCACUGCCCAUCAAAGUAUUCACACUGGGGAGAAACCAUAUAAGUGCUUAGAAUGUGGAAAGAGCUUCAGUAGGAAACAGCAACUCACUGCCCAUCAAAGUGUUCACACUGGGGAGAAGCCAUAUGAAUGCCUGGAAUGUGGAAAGGGCUUUACUAGAAAUUCCUCUCUCACAUUGCAUCAAAGAAUUCACACAGGGGAGAAACCCUAGAACUGCUUGGAACAUGGAAAGAGCUUCAGAAGUAGCUUAAGUCUUUUAUGUCAUGAAAGAUUUCAGAAAUGGGGAAACCAUAUUAUGAGUGUAGAACAGAGGGUUGCCGACCUGUUGCCUGUGCGUGUUUUGGAGGCCUGCAAAGCCCUUCAGUGGCACCCCAGCAAAUUGCCAAGAGUCUUUAUAAUACAUACUAUUUAUUCAUCUCUUGCACACUACAACUAAUAAAAUGUAGUCAGUGACCUUAUUAUAGAAACAGAAAAAUAGGGAUACAUAUCAACAUGAAAAAAGUUGCUGGAAAUCCAAUUAACAUCAAUGUAUAAGACUGUGAAGGCACAUCUUAGUUAAAACAUGUAACAAUUGUUGAAGGUCUUUUUGUGUGGGGGUGUGUAUGGUGUGAGUGUGUGUUGUGGGGGGUUGCAUCAUGUGCCUGGGAGAGAGGAGUCAAAGUCGACUGGGAAGAUUUGAGGUGGCCCCAAUUAGUGUAGUGAUGGGUAGAGGGAGAUAUGACGCUGUGUGGAGGACUUGCCAGGUGAGGGGAACUCGGCCCAGGCAGUUAACGGCUGUGCUGCGUUCCGGUCCUCCACACACCCACAGGUUUGUUGGUUGCCCUAUCAGCCAGUUCUCCGA